GGGCGAAAUCCUGCAGCAGCUGCGGGCGCUGGGGGCGUCGCUGGACUGGAGCCGCUGCACCUUCACCAUGGACCCCGGCUUCUCGCGGGCCGUGGCCGAGGCCUUCGUGCGGCUCCAGCGCUCCGGGCGCCUCGAGCGCCGCCGGCGCCUCGUCAACUGGUCGUGCGCCCUGCGCUCCGCCCUGGCCGACGUCGAGGUGGAGCGGCGGGCGCUGGGCGGCCCCACGGCGCUGCGGGUGCCCGGCUGCGCCCGGCCCGUCACCUUCGGCGUCCUCGUCACGGCGGCCUUCCGCGCGCCCGGCCCCGACGACGUGGAGGUGCGCGUGGGCACCACCCGCCCCGAGACGAUGCUGGGGGACGUGGCCGUGGCCGUGCACCCCCGCGACCCCCGCUACCAGCACCUGCACGGCCGCCGCCUGCUGCACCCGCUGACCGGGCGGGCUCUGCCCGUCGUCACCGACCCGGCGGUGGAGCCGGCGCGCGGCACCGGGGUGGUGCGGGUGACGCCGGGGCACAGCCCCCCCGCGCUGGCGCCUGGCCGGGCCCAGGGGCUGCCGCUGCUCUCGGUCAUCGCCGACGACGGCACCAUGCGGCCCCCCGGCGGGGGGUGGCUCCAGGGCGUCCACCGGUUCGAGGCCCGCGCGGUGGUGGCGGCGCUGGCCGACCGGGGCGUCUUCCGCGGCUGCCAGGACCACGCCGGGACGCUGCCGCUGUGCAGCCGCUCGGGCGACGUGGUCGAGCUGCUGCUCAAGAGCCAGUGGUUCCUGCGCUGCCGGGACAUGGCGCAACGCGCCCGCGAGGCGGUGACGUCCGGGCGCCUCCAGCUCAUCCCCAAGUUUCACGAGAAGAACUGGAAAACCUGGAUGGACAACGCUGAGGACUGGUGCCUGUCGCGGCAGCUGUGGUGGGGCCACCGGGUGCCGGCGUACAGGGUGCUGGGGGGGCCCGGGGGGGCCGCCGGGGCGCCCUGGGGUGGGCGCAGCGAGGCCGAGGCCCGGGCCGCCGCCGCCGCCGCCCUCCGCUGCCCCCCCGAGCAGCUGCAGCUGCGCCAAGACCCCGACGUACUGGACACCUGGUUCUCCUCGGCGCUCUUCCCCUUCGCCGCCCUGGGGUGGCCCGAGGAGACAGCCGACCUGCGGCGCUUCUACCCGCUGAGCCUGCUGGAGACGGGCAGCGACCUGCUCUUCUUCUGGGUGGGCCGGAUGGUGAUGCUGGGCCAGGAGCUGACGGGGCGGCUGCCCUUCUCCAGGGUGGUGCUGCACUCGCUGGUGCGCGACGCCCACGGGCGCAAGAUGAGCAAGUCCCUGGGCAACGUCAUCGAUCCCCGGGACAUCAUCGCCGGCGCCUCCCUCCAGGAGCUGCAGGAGAAGCUCCACCGCAGCAUCCUGGACCCCCACGAGCUGGCCAUAGCCACGGAGGAGCAGAAGCGCCAGUUCCCGCACGGCAUCCCCGAGUGCGGCACCGACGCCCUCCGCAUGGCCCUGUGCGCCCACAACGUCCACGGUGACGACAUCCGGCUGGACGUCCGCACGGUCCUGAGCUACCGGCACUUCUGCAACAAGCUCUGGAACGCCGUCAAGUUCGUCCUGGACGCCCUGGGCCCCGACUUCGUCCCCCAGCCCCCCGAGGAGGUACCGGGACGGAGCCCCCGGCACCCCAUGGACCGCUGGGUGCUGAGCCGGCUGGCGCAGGCGGCGGGCGAGUACGGGCGGCGCAUGGAGGCCUUCGAGCUCCACGGCGCCGUGGCGGCCGCCCACCACUUCUGGCUGCGGAGCUUCUGCGACGUCUACCUGGUGGGCGCCCCGUCCGUCCGUCCGUCCGUCUCUUGGCUGACGGCGUCUGUCCGUCUGUCCACCCCCCAUGACCCGUUGGGCCUCCUCGAGCGUUGA